AUGGACCUACAAGAGGCAAUUUUUGUCCUCUUUCUCUUCCACUUUGUUGGAGGAAUAAAAGACUUCCUUCAGGGAAACUACCUGCAGUUCCUAGGAUGCAAGCACUUGGAGAUGUAUGCUACAAUACAGAAGCAGGAGUCAUUGAUUAAAAGAAAAGAGUCCUCCACAAUGGUAAAAAUCCUGAUAAAAGGGAAAAAACCCACCACACCAAUCAGAGUCUCACUUCCAGCUGUCACUCAGCUGACUCACUCCUCACUCAUCGCUGCAUCCCACCCCUCAACCCUCCCAUCUCCCCCUGUGCCUUCCCUCAGGGCAUUGCGAUGGGCCCCAACAACUUCAGCAAUUAUAACCCCAUAUCCCACAUCUGCACACUACUUGGAGAGAAAAAGGAUACAAACAGACAACUUUAAGAAAAGAGAAAUAUCUCCAUAUCCUCUGUGCAACUUUUUCAGUUCCCUGAACACAACAUAUAUUUACUACAAGACUGGACUGAACCCACGUGGGACCAUCAACUACAGCAAGGAUCACAUGUUAAGACAAGAACAAUUUACUGGAAACAACAGUGAGGGAAUGACUCUCCUUCCAUGUGUCCUGUUUUACAUCUCACAAGUUUGGAAGAGACAAAACUGAUGAAAAAAAGAAGUAGAAAUACGGUUGGACCUGUAUAACACCUGGAUUUUCAUUUGGGGGCUGCCAAGUUAAUGACAAACAUGACAGAAUCUUUCAUGGAGAAUCACUCAUCAAAUAUUAUCUCAUCUAGUCCAGUAAAAUGCAAACUGUGAAAGAGGGUAUUCUUGUAAGAGGAGAUGAUUUAUUCAUUUAUUUAUUUGAGGUCAAGUGUUGACUUUGAAAUUUUGCCACUGGUAAUGACUGGAAGACACAAAUUUAGAGUCCCGUAGUAUUAUUAGAGCUUUGUGCUUAGUUGUGGCCUUCUCUAGAAGUUGUGGAGAACGUGAUUUGCAUGUGGAUAAAUGCCACAACUCAGUCUAGGAACUAUGAGGUUUAUUAAUGAAUAUUGUGAAAGAAAGGCUGUUUUUCAGAAAAAUAAAACCUUUUCGUUGGA